AUGUCCUUCAAAGGUUUCCAGAAGUCGGUGAUAAGAGCGCCGCAAACUAUCAAGGCCAAAUUCAACCUAGGCGAUAACACCAAAGAUGCCGUCUAUGUUGAUGCAGAGCGGCGCUUCCAGGAGCUGGAGACCGAGACCAAGAAGCUGCACGAUGAAUCGAAGAAGUACUUUGACGCGAUCAACGGCAUGAUGUCCCAUCAGAUUGAAUUCUCGCAGGCCAUCGCUGAGAUCUACAAGCCCAUCUCAGGACGCAUGUCCGACCCAGACUCUGCCCUUCCCGAAGGAAACCCUGACGGCAUAAGAGCGUGCGACGAGUACGAGGCAAUCUGCCGGGAUCUCUUAGCGACCCUUAAACCGGAGCUGGAAAUGAUCGAGACGAGAGUGAUCCGGCCUGCAGACGAGUUGCUGGAGAUAGUAAAGGUCAUAAGGAAGACCGCGCUGAAAAGGAACCACAAGCAGCUGGAUUACGACCGGCAUCGCGCCAGUUUGAAGAAGCUUCAGGACAAGAAGGAGAAGACUCUUAAGGACGAGAAGGCCAUGUACAAGGCUGAGAACGACGUGGAACAAGCCACGCAGGAAUUCAACUAUUUCAAUGACCUCCUAAAAGACGAGCUACCCAAACUUUUUGCCCUGGAACGCGAAUUCAUCCGCCCAUUAUUCCAAUCAUUCUACUACAUGCAGCUGAAUGUUUUCUACACGCUUCACGAGAGGAUGCAAGGAUGUGAUAUUGGGUAUUUCAAUCUCCAACUAGACGUCGAAGAGGGAUUCGAGGCCGCGAGGGGGGAUAUUCAAGAACGAGCAGAAGCGUUGAGUAUCGUCAAGUUCAGGACAACCGGUGCUAAGCGUCCUCCUGGAAGACCCGGACCAGGUGCCCGACCGGCCCUAGAAGGCAAGACCCCUCCCAAGCUUCUUGGAGCCGCACCGUCGCGGAUCUCAACAUCUAAAGACGAAGAGAAGCCACCCCCAGCGUACUCGGCAAACGCCGUGUCUCCCACGUACGGUAGUGAUCGAAAAACAUCACUUGUCCGCGCCAGCUCCGUUGCAGCAAAAUUAAAAGGCGCGGCGCCUCCCCCACCGAAGCCCAAGCCCUCGAGAUUGAGUGUCGUGCCAGUCGCCGAAAAAGUCACGGCUCUUUAUGACUACGAGGCACAAGCCGAAGGCGACUUGAGUUUUACAACUGGGGACGUGAUUGAUAUUGUGACGAGAACCGGCAACGUGAACGAGUGGUGGGUUGGAAAGAUCAACGGACGACAGGGGCAAUUUCCAGCGAACUAUGUUAGGCUGAAUUAG